AUGAAACUGUCUUUCCUCCUACCGGAAGAAAUUCAAGAAAAAGAACAAACUGUUUUUCAAAGAAUACCAACUAUUAUCAAUGCAGGACCAGCUUCUUAUUCACAAACUCGUAUCUGGGUUGAUGAAAAGGCAUUUGAACUUCUACCUCGUUAUGAGGAACUUUCAGUGGCUGUGCUUCGUUGGUUAGGUGCUCAUGUUGACAAUGAUGUAAAAAUAGCUCACAUCAUACCCAUUUUACGAUAUCCAUCAAAUCUUCUAAGAAUUGAACGUGGUGUGACAACAUUUGGUUAUGUUAUGCUUGCUCCAUUCGAAAUGACAAAUGAAGUGACUAUUGGGAAUCAUGUUCGCUUAAGUGCAGAUGCUUACAUUCAGUGUCACACACUCGAGCAACGUUCACUCAAAUUAGCAUCUGUCACAGUGAAUCAUUCAUGUAUACUUAUGAGCUACUCAAAUUUGCUCCCUGGAUCAACUCUACAUGGGCGAAAUCAAAUUUUACCGUAUACACUAGUGAUGAAAAAUGAUCAGCUGCCAUUCAAUACGAACUGGUCGGGUGUACCGGCUUCUCAAGUGAUCUGA